CCCUCGCCGCGUGGCCCCGCCCCCUCCGCCGUCACCGUCACGUCGUGGGGCGCUCCGGUGGUGUGGGCGGAGUCUCCGUUGGCGGCCCGGCGCAGAGCUCGUUUCCGGGACUCGCCGCUGCGCGUGGCCCUGGUGACGCUGGUGGUGGGGAACUACGCCCUCUACCUGCCGGGCUUCGUGUCUACGGCGGAGGAGCACUUCCUGCCGCGGCGGCCCCUCACCUACUACAUCCUGACGGACAACCCGCGCGCGCUGCUCCCGCCCCCGCCGCUGCGCGCGGGCAGGGACAUCAGGGUGGUGCCGGUGGCGGAGAUGCCGGGCUGGGAGCGGCUGUACGCGCGGCGCCUGCCGCUGCUGGCGGAGGUGCUGAGGGGCAUGGCGAGGGAGGAGGGCGGCGUGGACUACGUGCUCUGCGCCGACGUGGACCUGGAGUUCGUGGGGGAGGUGGGGGAGGAGGUUCUGGACGAGCUGGUGGGCGUGGCUCACUCGGACUUUUUCGGUAAAGCGCCAGGUGAGCUUCCGUACGAGAGGGCGGAGUCUGCGGCGGCGGUGACGCAGGAGGAGGGGGAGUGGUUUUACACGUCGGAGCUGUACGGCGGCACGGUGGGGGCGCUGCUCCGACUCGCGCGCAAUUGCUCCCUGCUCCUGCUGCAGGACCACGCCCGGCGCGUCACGGCCUCGCGACGGGAGGAGGCCUACCUGAACAGGUGCUUCAUAGACCACGCCCCCUCCUGCGUCCUGUCCCCAGACUACAGCGGCGGGGGGGCGGAGCCACGCGUUCGGUCCAGGAACAGACAGUGUCCAGAGAGAAACAGGGACCUGUGCUGA